UUUUAAAAAAAUAAUUAUAAUUAUCAUCAACUGGUCAAAGAAGUAAUUGAAGAUGUGAUUUAAUAAAAGGAAACGCUCAAAAACAGUGAAAUGUAAAAGUUAAAUUGAGGUCAAAGGAUGACACAGCACAAAUAUUUUUACAGGUCCCAAAUUCUUCUGUAACCACAGAAGUUACAAAACACCGCUCCUCCACACACUUGCGUAGCUCCCAGUCACGUGACCUUAGUCCGUCCUCAGCAGUCACAACUUGAAGUUGUUGUAGUUGUAGGAAAACACCCAACUUAGUCGAGUCUCUCCGUCCUGCUGCUGGCACACACAGAUGGCGAUGGAAAAUCCGAAACAGUUCCUGUUUGUUCUGUCUGCUGCCGGAGCCGUCGGCUUUGUCUCCAUAAUAUUCGUGCUAAGAUGGGUUCUCCACUUCAAGGAAGGUUUAGCCUGGGAUGGAGGGCUGGCUGAAUUCAACUGGCAUCCGGUGCUGACAGUCACUGGCUUUAUUUUCUUGCAAGGAAUCGCCAUAAUUGUCUACAGGCUCCCUUGGACCUGGAAGUGCAGCAAAUUAAUGAUGAAGUUCAUCCAUGCAGGCUUGAACUUAGCAGCCUUCAUUUUUGCUGUUAUUGCCAUGGUGGCAGUUUUUGACUUCCACAAUUCUGCCCAAAUUCCUAAUAUGUACAGUCUGCACAGCUGGCUGGGUCUGAUUGCAGUUAUAUUGUACAGUUUACAGCUUGUUCUAGGAGUUGGCAUGUAUUUGAUACCUGUUACACCUGUGUCCUGGAGAGCAGCAUUUAUGCCUAUCCAUGUCUACAGUGGUCUUUUACUCUUUGCCAGUGUCAUAGCCGUGGCACUCAUGGGCAUCACAGAGAAACUUAUAUUUGGCCUGAGCAACCCAAAGUAUAAGGACUCUCCCCCAGAGGGAAUUUUUGUGAAUGUUCUGGGUGUCCUGCUGGUGAUUUUUGGGGCUCUCAUCCUUUGGAUUGCCACUCGAACGUCUUGGAAACGCCCCAGUGAGCAGACCUUGCGUGCUCCGCAUUCCAAUGGGGAAGGUGACGACAACACCAAAGUUGGUCCAGCGCUGUCCGAGCUGGCUGAUGAAACAGAUGCUGAGGCCGGUGGAGAUGUGAGGAGGAGAAAUAAUAAAUUUGACAACCAGGCUGACUGAUUUCAAGGAAAAAUAUAAAUGACUUGGGGCUGGUCCUGUCUCUUGUGGUGAAUGUAUAAACAACUAGUAUAAACUAGUGAGAAACAGUCCAAAUGAAUUCAUAUAUUAAUACUAAUCUUCCGUUUAUAACUUUCUCUCCUGCCGUUUGAUGUAUUUUUUUCAUCUUAUUAUUAUGUCUAACAUUUAUUGAUAUAUGUCCAUGUAAAUAAUUGUGACCUACUUUGCUGCAAGACUUAGACACUGAAAAAGAAAUAAAUUUAAUUGAAAUACUCUGCAGAAAAUAAUCAUAUCAAAUUUUGUAUUCUUUAAUUUUCUGUAUUGUGAUAUCUAGGCUAGUUCCUUAUGAUUGAUUUUAAAAUAAAUCUUUUUCUGGUU